AAAUCUAAACUAUUUUUAUUUAUGUUUUUUGGCUUUCAUUAUUUGUUUUUAGCCUUCUAAGCUUUUAGUUUAAUUCGGCUGUUGCAUUGCCAGGGAUGUAAUUACCACAAUCAAUCAAUCAAUCUCUUCUAUCUUUACCAGUGUUUUAUUUGUGGAUAAUCCCAAAAAUCUUUUAUCUCCUCCCCUAAAUCAUAAAAUUGGAUUUCUUAUAUUGUUCCUUUGUCUCUUAUAGGAUAUUCAUUUAUAAAAAUUUUCAUUAUUUUAGGUUCGGCAAAUGUCAGAAAACGAGGCAGUUGAUGCCAUGAUGUCUCGCCUGUCUUUUUCUGCCUCUGUCCGUGCUGAACAACUGGCUAUGCAGGCAGCAAAUAAAUUAUCUGUUAAGGAAGUUAUGAAAAUAUCUAGUAUAUUUUGUUUAUUGUGGUUUGCAGGCAAUUACAGCUACCAAAUAGCACUUAGCAACACAGAAGCUGGUGUUGUCAAUAUUAUUUCAUCAACAUCUGGAUUGUUUACCUGUGAUUCUUGCUGCCAUAUUUCCAUCAUCCUUAACAGACAAGUUUACUCUCUCCAAAUUGGCCUCAGUUCUUCUUAUGGUUGCAGGUGUGGUUUUUGUUAGUUUGGAAGACCUCAACCUUGAAAGUUCAGUUGUGCCUGUUGGUGUGGUAUGGUCAAUAGCUGGAGCUAUUCUUUAUGCCUGUUACAUGGUCUUCCUGAAGCACAAGGUUCCAACUGAAGAUCGUAUGGAUUUUACUAUGUUCUUUGGUAAGUGAAUUAAUUUCCUCUCCUUUCCCUUCUAUCAUCUCUCUCUCCUCUUCUUUGCACUCUUCCCUCCCCUCCCCCCAUUCCAUGCCCUUAGUACCCAGUUAGCUCUGGGAGAUUUAUUGAUCAAUCAGAUAUUGUUUUAAUAAUAAUAAAAGCUGGCACUUUUGAGAAACAAAAGCUCCAAUUCUUCCAAGUAAUUCACUAGCGCUCAAAAUUUCACAAGUCAAAGUUCUGAGAAUAAAAAAAUAAAAAUAAAAAUAUAACAAAAAUCACAAGAAGUGACAGUUCAUUAAUCCUUAAGUUGUAUCACUUCCAAAGCUCUUUUCAGGAUCAUGUGCUUUCAAAAUAAAAGAAAGGUCUUAAGUUGUUUCUUAAAAGCCUCCA